AUGUACGUGAGCUACCUAUUGGAUAAGGACAUGAGCAUGUACCCCAGCUCCGUGCGCCAUUCUGGCGGGCUCAAUUUGGCGCCGCAGAACUUCGUCAGCCCCCCUCAGUACCCGGACUACGGAGGUUACCACGUGGCGGCUGCGAACUUGGACAGCGCCCAGUCCCCCGGCCCCUCUUGGCCCUCUCCUUACGGCGCUCCACUCCGGGAGGACUGGAAUGGCUACGCGCCGGGAGCUACCGCUACAGCCAAUUCAGUGGCGCACGGUCUCAAUGGGGGUUCCCCUGCCGCGGCUAUGGGAUACAGCAGCCCGGCCGAUUACCACUCACAUCACCACCCGCACCACCACCCUCACCAUCCAGGCACUGCACCCUCCUGCGCCUCCGGGCUACUGCAAACACUCAACUCCGGGCCGCCCGUGGCAGCUGCGGCUGAACAGCUCUCUCCUGGAGGCCAGCGGCGCAACCUGUGUGAGUGGAUGCGGAAACCGACGCAGCCCUCCCUGGGCGGCCAGGUUAAAACCAGGACGAAAGACAAAUACCGAGUCGUGUACACCGACCACCAGCGGCUGGAGCUGGAGAAAGAAUUUCACUAUAGCCGAUAUAUCACCAUCCGAAGGAAAGCGGAGCUGGCUGCCACACUGGGACUAUCUGAGAGACAGGUUAAAAUCUGGUUUCAAAACCGAAGAGCCAAGGAAAGAAAAAUUAAUAAGAAGAAAUUGCAGCAGCAACAGCAGCAGCAACCGCCUCCACCUCAGUCACAAUCCCAGCCUGGUGCUUUGAGAAGUGGCCCAGAGCCCCUAAGUCCAGUGGCCUCCCUGCAGGGCUCAGCACCAGGGUCUGUCCCUGGAGUUCUGGGGCCUGCUGGAGGAGUGUUGGCCCCCACUAUCACACAAUGACCCCACAUUGUGUGUGAGAUAGCCACAAGACUGGAGUGGUUCCAGGCUGGGUAUGGGAAGAAGUGCUGGGAAGGACUGGCUUCUGACCUAACUGGGAGAUCAGUACCAUCCCCAUUGUAACACCCACCUACCUGUCUGUCCUCCCAAGUGAAAAAGGGACCCAGAAUAAGUGGGCUGGGGAAUCCCAUAGAAGUUAGCCUCUGAUAUCUGACUUUUCAUGACUCCUUCCAUUCUGGGGAAGCAAGCACUGGGCACCAAGACUCCAUGGUGUUGGCAAAGCUGAAUAGACAUUGCUUUUGGCCUUUUCUCUCUGCUCCUUAGCACCUUCAGCUUCCAAAAUCUAAAGGCUUCACCCGCAACAGGGAGCUGAGCAGAUCCAGUGGACCGAAAGUGUUUGGUGCCAUUCGUGACUUCUCUCACUUCCUCCCAGGACAAGGAGGCCCAUUUGUCCUGGGUCAGAAGAUUUGAACUCAGAAACCAGAGCAGAGAAAGACAGAAAAUUGUACCUUAGAAGGCAGCUGAACCCAAAGUGAUUGGUGUUUCCUUCCUCCUCAUUCCCUCCCUACACCAAAACAGGGAGGGAACAGUUGUCAGGGGUAUUCUGGGCUCCAGACCUUGGGAGAAAACACAGCCUGGAGAACUGGACAUUGUUUAGAAAGCCUGUCACCCUCACCUCUCCAGGCUGAAUGUAUGUUUGGUGUCAUAAAUGCCAGAGCUAACCUGGGUUUCCUGUCGUUUUCACAAACUUGAGGCUGGCUGGCCUAGAGAUUUCUUUGUUGUUAUUGCUGUUCCGGAGUUGUUGC